GCAGAGGAGAAGAUCCUGUCGGAGCUCCGCGAGGGGCGUCCCCCGGGAGCUCUGCCCCCCGACCUCCACCUGCAGGCCCUGGUUCGCUCGGCGGGGAAACUGGUGCUGCUGGACAAGCUGCUGCCCAAACUGCGCCAGGGGGGGCACAAGGUGCUGGUCUUCUCCCAGAUGGUUCGGUGCCUCGACAUCCUCGAGGACUACCUCAUACACAAGAGGUACCUGUACGAGCGCAUCGACGGGCGUGUGCGGGGGAACCUUCGCCAGGCCGCCAUCGACCGUUUCAGCCGCCCCGACUCGGAUCGUUUCGUGUUCCUGCUCUGCACCCGCGCCGGGGGCCUCGGCAUCAACCUCACGGCCGCCGACACCUGCAUCAUCUUCGACUCCGACUGGAACCCACAGAACGACCUCCAG